GAAGUGUUAAAACCUCAUCACCCCUCAGACUCCGCUGUGAGGGUUUAUGCGCCCAAAGCUUAAUAGUAAAUCGCAACAAUCAGACGAACGGCUUCGGACGAAUCGAAUCAUUCAUCGCGGAAUCCAUGAAGCUGCUUCACUCCAUCUCCGGGCACCACAGGUCUCUGGUCCGAGCAAUCGGACGCCGCUACUUCGCGGCUUCGACCGAAGAGUUUGCCAAGAGGAAUUACGCCAACAAUGAUUCGGAGUAUAACACCGUCAUUACCUCUCUCACUUCUCAACGAAGGCAUUAUUUGUUGAGAGAUGUGUAUGAUGAUAUGAUGCUGGAUGGGGUUAAACCAGAGCGAGAUACAUUUCACUCGCUGAUUGUGGGGACGAUGAAAGGCGCUCGGUUGCAGGACGCUUUCUUCUUCCGUAAUGAAAUGAAAGCCAUGGGUUUGGUUCCUGAUGUUGCUUUAUACAACUUCUUGAUCUCAACCUGUGGGAAAUGCAAGAAUUCACAGCAGGCAAUCCAGAUUUUGGAAGAGAUGAAGAGAUAUGAAGUCAAACCUACAGGACAAACUUUUAUCUGUCUACUGAAUGCAUGUGCAGCUGCUGGGCGGUUAGAUCAAGUGUAUGGAAUUGUUCGUGAUAUGACUGCAGCUGGUCUUGGUUUAAACAAGUUUUGCUACGCGGGCCUUAUUGCUGCACACAAGAAUAAGACUCCUAUUACCGAUGAUACAGCUAGCAAAAUUAUUGAGCUUGUUGAGCAGUCCAAGGGGUGGUCGUCAGUUGAAUCCUCGAGAGACAAUGCUGAAAAUGUUAUGAUGGGUGUUACUGAAGAAGAGUUAUAUAAUACUCCCACUGCAGAAUGCAUUCAUAGGCGUGGUGGCUUCAUAUUUAGGGAGUUAACUGUGUAUCAUGUGGCAUUUCAUGCAUGUGCAGACCUCAGAAAUGUUGAGGCAAUGGAAAUACUCCUAGAGAUGCUGACAAAGGAUGGCAAACCUCUUGAUGUCUAUUGUCUGAUACAAAUCAUGAGGUGUUAUCUGCAUUCCGGAGACCUUGAUCGCGGUCAAAAAGUUUUUGAAGAUUACAUGAAUACAGGGAAGCAGCCUAUGGUGGAGCUGUAUGUGACUCUUGCUGAGGGAGCAAUGUUGGGGCACACUCCCAGGGGAAUGCAACUUGCCCUUGAGACGCUGGAAAAGAUGGUCGCGAGGGGAUUUAACUUGAACCCCAAAAUGGGUAAUGAUCUCCUCCUUGCAGCUUCCGGUGAAAAGACUGGUGGGUAUACCAUGGCAAAUUACGUAUGGGACCUGAUGCAGUCUCGGAAUAUCACCCCUUCACUUCCUGCUGUUGAAGCAUAUUACCAUGGCUUAAAAGAACGAGAUAUACCUGCAGAUGAUCAAAGACUAAUGCUUGUAUCUCGAACUUAUGCCAAUCAGCGCCAAAGAUUCAGACAAGGGCCUGGCCGAUCAUAGUUUAAAAGAUGAAGAAAGUUGCUCGAUUCUUUUCAGUUGUACUGUUAUUGCUUGUUUCAAUAAUUUCUUGAAUGGUGUAAUCUUAAGUUGCUUUCUGGAGGAUGCCUAAGGUUUAACGGGAAAAAAAAGUGGAACUGUAGCUAUAUAUGAUGCCAUUUUGUGUCCAGGCUUGUCGUAAUACACAGUAUUUUGCCGGUCUAA